UAGGCAUCGGACGCCUCCACGUGGCCGCAAAUACAACCACGCCAACCAGUUGGCCACAGGUUUCGCUGCGGCCUUGUGCACUUUGUCGAUAGAAAUAUUAAGUCAUUCGGUAAAGCCCUCAAGUGGAACACAGCUUUAAUGUGUCAGUUUCAACCAAAACAAAAGGCCACAGUAAGUGUUCACUUACUGAAGGGGUUUACGGACAGAACAUUUUCCCACGAAGCAUAACUACGAUCAUUUUUUUGGUAGCUAUUGGAGUUUUCCAAAAGGAGCCCGGGAAGAUCUCGUGAGACUUUGCGCGAGUCACGCCCGCAUACCUCGGGACACAAGUUGGGGCUUGACUGGGCUAGACAACCGCCUAAGCAGUUCUUCCCGUUUUGCCCACAAGUAAUCCUCGAGCUUUGGCCACAAACAACAACAACAACAACAACAAGGCGAAAAUGUAGCUUGCUUGUUCGCGUGCGUCAUCGCGGUCGUCCUGCCACAAAUGUGUCCCGCUUGUGUGGGAACUCGUCUUCCUCUUCCUCUUCCUCUUCCUCCCGCUUCCGCCGCCGUCCUUGCGGACGCCGAAUGGGAGGCGACUGAAGCCAACAUCUCGUCCGCGGGGACGCAAGAAAACAAGUCUUGACCGAAACGAAGUGACAACAUGGCCGGCAUGCGCGACGACGACGACGACGGCGGCGCGGGCAAGUUGAGCUCGUCGCGGAGGUUUCGGAGCCGACAGUGCUGAGCUGAGGAGCUGCUGCUGCUGCUGCUGCUGUUGCUGUUGUUGUUUCCUUCUGAGCUGACGCAGUUUCGCUGGUACUUGCGAGUGCAAUGGCCACGCCGGAGGAUGAGAUCGAGCCACCCUCUCAGGCCUCUGCAGCCCAAAUCCUCGAUAAAAGACGCUUCUCCCGUGAUCUUCGCAUACUGGGUCAAGAUGAGAUUGACAACCUCUUAUCCACCACUGAUGGUCGUCAUUUCAGUGUGAUACAUCACCUUCCAGAAUUAAAGGAGAAAGGUAUUCCUUACUUAAUCCCUGGCGUCCCCAUCACGUGUAGAGUGGACAACACGGAGAGAUACACUACUCGCUCCAAGGUCCAUGUAGGCACCCUGUACACAGUGAUCCUAACUCACGGUCAAUUCCACUGGACCGUAAAGAGGAAGUACAAGCACUUCCAGGAGUUGCAUCGAGACCUUUACAACCACCGGAUGAUGAUUCACCUUCUGCCUUUGGGAAGAUUUGCCAAGGAGAGGCAGCAGCUGAGGGCCAUGUCUGAGGAAAUGCCCAGCCUACGUGGGACUCAGCGGACCAGAAUGACCUCCAGCAAAAUGAAAUACCUUGAAGAGUACCUGAAUGAUCUGCUUGAGAACAGGUUCUGUAGGAAUGACCACAGCAUGCUGGAGUUCCUCUCUGUUGGUGCUCUCUCCUUUGUCACGGAUCUUGGGCCCAAAGGCUUGGAAGGGCCCAUCUUCAAGAGGUCGGGGGGUCACCGCAUUCAAGGUUUGAAUUGCAUCGGCCAUCAUCAGUUCUGCUUCCGCUGGUCACGCCGCUGGCUGGUGGUGAAAGAUUCCUUCUUGAUGUACAUGAACCGAGACAACGGACGCAUCAACUUUGUUUUGCUGUUUGACCCCGAGUUCAACGUGAAAGUGGGCCGUGCUUACACAGACACUAAAUAUGGAGUAUGCAUCGAGAACUUCACUCGGAAUCUGGUCAUCAAAUGCAGUAGCUACCGACAAGCACACUGGUGGAGUCACGAAAUCAACCGGCUAGCUGCAACCUGCCAUUUUCUCAAAGUGCAACGCUUCGAGGGAUUUGCUCCGCCACGGGACAACACACUAACAAAAUGGUAUGUAAAUGGGAGCGGCUACUUUACCGACCUCGCUGAUGCGCUUGAGCAAGCAAAAGAGGAAAUCUUUAUCACAGACUGGUGGCUCAGCCCUGAAGUGUUCCUGAAGAGACCAGCUACUGAUAACGUCUGGCGCUUGGAUGAAGUACUCAAACGCAAAGCUGAUCAAGGAGUGAAAGUGUGUGUUUUGCUUUACAAAGAGGUGGAGCUCGCACUUGGCAUCAAUAGUGAGCACAGUAAGAGGACUCUCAUGGAUAUGCACCCAAACAUCAAGGUAAUGAGACAUCCUGACCAUGUGUCGUCGGUGGUGUUCCUUUGGGCUCACCAUGAAAAGAUGGUGGCCAUUGACCAAACUGUAGCCUUUGUCGGGGGAAUUGACCUGGCAUUUGGGAGGUGGGAUGACAGCCAGUACCGGCUAACUGACCUCGACUCCACAGACACUGCCGCGAAGGUGACCGAGACAGAGCCACAAGGAGAUCCAGAUUUCCCGCUCACACUAACUGACCAUGUGCACCAGGAAAACGGUUCGGCUGGUCCAAAACCGUCUGAGGAUCAAACUCAGGAGGUUGUGGACCUGACAGGCAACACCAAAUUGUGGCUCGGCAAAGACUACAGCAACUUCAUUAGGAAAGACUGGGUCCAGCUGGACAGACCAUUUGAAGAUAACAUUGACCGUACGAGAGUUCCUCGCAUGCCGUGGCGUGAUCUGUCGGCAGCUCUUCACGGCAGAGCAGCCAGGGAUGUGGCUCGUCACUUCAUCCAGCGCUGGAACUUCACGAAGAUCUUCAAAAACAAGUACAAGGACGAUUUCUACCCCUACCUUCUCCCCAAAUCUCUUUGUUCUGCCGACACACUUUCUUUCACCGUACCUGGCUCCAAGGAGGCCAAAGUGCAGGUGUUACGUUCUGCAGAUCGUUGGUCUGCUGGUACUUGUGAGAACUCAAUCCUCAAUGCCUACAUCCAUACCAUUGAGAGCAGCCAGCACUACAUUUACGUCGAGAACCAGUUCUUCAUCAGCUGUGCUGAUGGCAAGACGGUCCACAAUGGGAUCGGUGAUGCCAUCGUGAACCGAAUCCUGCGUGCGUACAGAGAGCAGAAGAAGUAUAAAGUGUUUGUGGUGAUCCCACUUUUGCCUGGAUUUGAGGGAGACAUCAGUACCGGAGGUGGAAACGCGAUCCAAGCCAUUCUUCACUUCACUUACAGGACUAUAUGCCGGGGAGAACAGUCCAUCCUGUCAAGACUCAGUGAAUUGGAGGACAGGUGGACCGAGUACAUCACAGUCUGUGGCCUGAGAACACAGGCGGAACUCUCCCAGUCGCUUGUCACUGAGCUCAUCUAUGUUCACAGCAAGACCCUCAUCGCAGAUGACCGCUGCUACAUAAUCGGAUCAGCCAACAUCAAUGACCGCAGCAUGCUGGGGAGUCGAGACAGUGAGCUGGCAGUGUUUGUGGAAGAUGAAGAGAGGAUCCCAUCCAUCAUGGGAGGGGAGGACUACGAAGCAGGACCCCUGACGCUUGCUCUGCGCAAGGAGUGCUUUAGUGUUCUCGUUGGUGCUGCUUCAGACCCCAGCAUCAAUAUUGAUGAUCCGAUCAGCGAUGACUUGUUCUUCUUGCUGUGGAAUUCUGCCGCCAAACUCAAUGCCACUAUUUACAACAAGGUCUUCUGCUGCCUCCCCUCUGAUUGCGUCCACAAUAUGCAAGAGCUGAAGGAGUACACCAGCAAGGAGCGCCUCUGUGACACAGACCCCGAAAAGGCCCGGGAAGAGCUCAAGGCGGUCCAAGGACUGCUGGUCCACUUCCCUUUGAAGUUCUUGUGUGAAGAGAACCUGCUGCCUUCGCUGGGCACCAGGGAGGGCAUGGCCCCUGUUGGGCUGUGGACGUAGCUCCGGCGCAGCCCGUUCCGACUGCGACCUCACGGCUUAGGGCUCCAUUACAGCUAACGUUCUGUUCACUUAACUAACGGUAAAUGUCGGCGGCCUCCGGCAAUUCCAGUGGUAAGGAAAAUCCAACUUUGUAACCUUGUUCAUAUUGACCGCUGAAAUGUAGACUUUAUGACUGAGACUAUUUGAAUGAUAUUAACUCGCCAGUUUGAUUUAGCAUCUGCUUUUACUAUGUCCACAAUUCAUCUCAUGUGAUUUGGGUACACAAUGUACUGUACAUCGAUUGGAGCACUAUGUUUAGGGUCUUUCCUCUUCCUUUCUCUGUCUCCCUCCCUCUGAGGCUUCACCGCUUACGGCAGUGCCAGCAAAUCUGUCAGAAAGUGUGUGGUUGUUAUGGUGAUGGAUACACACACACACAAAAAAAAGAAAUGCUGGAAAAUAGACUGGGUGAGACAAGUGGGAAUAACAUGUCCAUUCAUGCAAGUUAUUUUUAAAUGUUUUUAUUAAGCUGUUUGCAGAUUUCACUUUUACUUGUUUUAAGAUGCUUAUGUCCACCAACUAAAUUGUUGAAUUCAUCUUGUACAUUCCACCAAACAUCCCUUUCACUUUGACUACACGAUGAAGCGUUGAUGUUUGAAUUAUUGAACCACUAGAUUCCCAUUUGGACUCCACAAUUCUGUGCCCAGCUGCCUUGCAUGUCAACUGUGUGAUCACUUCAUGUAGCAAGACGUGCUCGUGUGUCCAGUAUGUGCGUUACGUUCAUCAUAACACUGUAAAGUAGCGAGUCGCAUUUGUAGAAUUUCUACGGUCAUGUCAAAACUGUCGCGAUAGACAUUUAGUAUGUCACGGUUACAAUGACGCUGUUCUAAAUAGUCUGUCACUAACGUAUGUAAUUAACUUUCGAUUUCUGUGAUGAAGCCAUACGGCAGCAGCAGUGAUACAGAAAAACACAAUUAUAGUCAGUUAAAACUUGGUGUUGACAUUUUAUUUGGGGACUAUUGUUGACCAAUCUGGAAAAUUAUUCCACGUGAACAAAUGCAGUAUUGGUCAAAGAGAAAUGGCACUCGCUGAUUUGGAACACUGUAAUAUUUCCAUCGAGGGUGCACGAUGCAAUGAUGUCUUCUUAUUGCAGACAAAUGGUGCUUGUGAUGGAAAUUACUACUACUACUACUCCUACUGGGAUUUUAGGUCGCCAAUAUCAUAUUUGUCUCAUCUUCUCCGAUGUGUAAAAAUAGUUGAUCCUGCUUUCAAAUAUAUACACAAUAUAAUUUUCACCUUUUGUACUAUUACUACUGUAUUAUUGAUACUGUCGACCCAGAUCGUUCUGCAUUUUCGAGCGUCGUGCUUGGCUAAGAAGGCCAAGAAUGUUCUCAUUUGACUCUGCAACAUGUGUCUGGAAAAAGCUGGCAAUGUGUAGUUUUAUUGCGUCCAAUACGAAAUUAAUGUGCACAAACCUUUAGCAAAGCCAGCCAUAUUGGACAGACUGCAUAUCAAGUGCCUGAAUCAUGACCAGCAUAAACACGAGUCAAAACCCACCAGUGUCGUUCUGUGUGAAGGACCGCACAGGUUUUUGGGGGCUACAAUGUCUAUCUACAUCUUCCUCAUACUGUACAUGGCUGUGAUGUAAUGACAAAUGACCUUUUAAAAUGUUUGCAUUGCACGAAUUACAUUGUCACGCCCAGAUUUCACAAAAUGUAUCACUAAUGCUUUUCUUAUAUAAACUUUACGUAUGUUCA